AUGACUAAAGAAGACCAGGAUGAAUACUUGAGCUUGAUCGAGUCAUCAUCAUAUGUGAAAAGGGGCCCUCCCGUGUCUAUCCUUGAGCAUCAUCCCCUCUAUGAAAAGCUAAUGAAUGAGCCCACAUGGGCAAAAUUCGUUUUUUUUUUUCCGGCUCUCUUUCCACAAAUACUAGAUACCGGCGUACAACAGGGUGUUUUUCUGAAAGCCAUGCUAUCGGCGUUCGGCUCUCUCCAAGUGGACGAUCAAACUGAGAACUAUCGCUCCUACCACGAUGAACCCGAUCGUCAGGAAACUCAGGAAUCGCAGUAAAGCAUGGAAGAAGAUGGCGAGCGGUGCUGGGCUAUACGCGAGGACAUAUUUCGACGUUACAGCAAGAGAUGCCGGCAGCCAACCAGUAAAACGAGUAAAUAGACAUAUCAGCAUUCGAAAAUGCUCUCAGAGAUCGAGAAAUUGCCGUCAAAGCCAGAGAAUCCGCUGUCGCGGCAAGAGAGUCUGCCGUGGAUAGGAGAGAGGCUGCUAUUGUGGUGAGAGAAAAUUGGGCUGUGG